CUUAUUAAAUAGAUUUUGAAAUUGAACUUCGGCCGUGACUGUAAGAAGACGAUAUUGAUCUAAAAUGGGGGAGCCUACAGAGGUUGACAAGAAACUUCUGUCUCUUAUCAAGGGGCUGGACCUCAACAACUACCCAUUCGAUGUGGAGUCCACAGUGCCUAAUGGCCAGCUGGAACACCUGAAGAGGUGUGAACGACUCAAUUUGAAGCGCAAUGGACUUCACAAGCUACCAGAACCCAUAUGUGAACUCAUCGAACUGGAGUACCUCUCAUUGGCGUACAACAAGAUCAGCGAAGUGGACGAGACGUUCGCCGAUUUGUCACCGGACUCUUUGAAAGUGCUGGACUUGAGAUGGAACAGACUUAACAGCAGUCUGGCCUCCAGCGACCACCUGAGUCAUCUGUCCAACCUGAGUGUGUUAGAUCUGAGUUGUAAUGCGAUUGGGAUUGUGCCAUCGUUUCUGGAGAAACUGAAGCAGCUCACUUAUCUGUCUUUGAAAUCCACCAAAAUAACAGCUGUGCCACCAACAAUCUUCAUCUCCUUGACUAACUUGAACUUUCUGGACUUGAGCGACAAUGAGCUGGAUGCCAUGCCAGUCCAACUGAGACGACUGACUAGUCUGAAAACACUAAUGCUCGGUAACAAUCCAGCACUAGCCAGCAGCAACCUCAAACAGAUUUCGGCAUUAACUGCGCUGGAAGUGUUGCAUUUGAGGAAUACGGGAAGAACCAUAGACAAUUUUCCACAAGAGCUCUCCAAGUGUCCAAACUUAUACGAUUUGGACAUCAGUGAGAAUGAUCUUUCGUCAGUGCCUAACAGUCUUUUUGAGUGUGGCUCCUUGAAGAGAUUAAACAUCAGCAACAACUCAAUAUCAGAGCUGCCAGAGUCAUUCGACGUUUUGAUCCAUCUGGAAACGUUGUCAUUGUCAAGAAAUAAUAUCUGCAAACUGCCGAUCGGUUUCGGGAAGCUUCUGAACCUGCGGAAUCUGUAUCUAGAUAGUAACCAGGUGACUUUAGACGGACUGUUGAACUGCAACUUGGGCAAGCUGAGCAGCCUAGAGAUAUUCUCAGCGGCAUUCAACCAGUUGCAGUCUGUGCCUGAAGCACUUUGUAGAUGCACGCGCCUGAAGAAAUUGAACUUGAUGUACAAUAAGCUGGUCAAUCUGCCAGAGUCCAUACAUUACCUCAAUCUACAGGACCUGAAUGUGAGUGAAAAUGCGAACCUAGUGAUGCCUCCGAAACACACAGCAAUGAGUGAGGCUGAAUCGAAGGCAGCACUCUUCUACAACAUUGACUUCUCAGUGGCACACCAGCUGGCCAAGGCAAAGCUGGAGCAGAAGGGAGAGAGGGUGAUGAGCCAGUCUUCGUCUGUAGACAGUGUCAGUGGCUCAUUCAGCCGAAACAGAUCUGGCAGUACCGGUGCAGGAGGCGGUGGCAACCGUAAACUUCGGAUCCAGAAGCGGAAGGAGGAAGAGGCAGGCAGUUCGGAUGCAGCCAAAGUGCUUUCGGCUAUGCGUAAAGUGGCGGAGGACAGCAAGAGUGCGGAUGUGGAGAAGACGAAUAAGCUGGCGGAGGACUUCGAGGAACACGUCUCAAAACCACUUCGGUGGGACGAGAGACUUAGUGGGCCCCAGAUAGACUACAGCAACUACUUCGAAGAGGAAAUUGGGAAUGACGAAGGAGUCCACGUCUGGUACAUCUCCAACUUCGCUCCUGUGCAAUUAGAUGAAGAGGAUAUCGGGAAGUUUCAUGAGAAGGAUUGCUACAUUGUUUUGAGGAACCUCUCCACUGGCUCGGAUAUCAUUAACACUAUCUACUUCUGGAUCGGAAAAGACGCAGAGCAAGACAAGCAAACAUGUGUAGCGAUACAUGCAGUGAACCUCCGCAACUGCAUCAAAGCAUCAUGUCGGACUAUUCGAGAAGACCAAGACGAAGAAAGCGAGGAGUUUCUCUCGGUUUUCGUCGGAUCAUUCUAUGACUUCCAGAUAUUAGAUGGAGGUCACGGGGAAAGUGGCUUCAACCACUUCGAACAGGAGGCUGCAAACCAGUAUCUGUUCUGUCUGAACACCAAUGCAACGCAAAUGGGAAUGCACUUGGUUGAACUCAGUCCAGAGUCAUUGGACCCUAGAUACAUAUUUAUGCUGGAUAUCGGUCGGGCAUUGUUUCUAUGGGUGGGAAACCAGACUCCAAAUACGAAACUGAGCAAGGCGAAGUUGUUGGGUGAGAAGAUAAUUAAGAAUGAGAGGAGGGGAAGGGGCAGAGUGUUGGUGGUGAGACAGGGAGCGGAACCUAGUCAGUUUUGGAAAGGACUGCUGGUGGAUAAACCAGAAACGUUCACGUUCAAACCUUCGGAGUGGCUGGAUCUGAACACAAUUAAGAAGCCCAACUUGUACAAUGUGCUCAUCAAGCAGAUAGAUGGAAACAAAUACUUCGAGCUCAGCCAAUUGGAACAGACCAACUGGGCUUUGAACGAGGAACAACUGAACCCGAAGUCGGUGUUAGUUCUAGAUGCGCAGACUGCAGUGUUUGUGUGGGAGGGUAGACGCAGUGCCCGCAUACUCAAGAGGGCCAGUGUACAGAUUGCGGGUGUGUUGCUGCGAACAGUCGUUAGACAGGACGAUGAAGCUGGAGUAAUUGUCGAGAAGCAAGGGUUUGAGAGUGAGUUCUUCAAGAGUUUCUUCUCGAAGUGGACUUCGGACAAAGUGGCUGUUGACUACACAAAAGAUAACCAGCACCUGCCGGAGCACCAGAAAACAGCUGAUGAGCCACCGAAGGAAGCCAAGACUAGUCUGAGUGCACUGUUUGCAUCUCGACAGCCAGACCACAAUUUGGAAGACAUGGAAUACGACAAGUUGUACUUCUCAGACGAUCUGAAACACACAAUUGCGUUCUGGUUCAACGGACAAAAUUUCGUGAAGCUUCCCGAGCAUGAAAUCGGACAGUUCUACUCGUGUGACAGCUACGUGUUAGUCAUGUAUUAUGUUCAUCCCCCUGAUGAUGAAGAUUUGACCGACGAUACAGAUGAUACGGCAACGGAAGAGGAACCAACGGGUCACAAAGGGUCAUCGGGAAGCGGUGGGGGAGGAGGAAUUGGCAGCUUUAAACAUGAGUUCAGAACUGUGUUCUGGAAAGGUCGGGACUCUUCAAACAAAGGCUUCUUCAACUUCAAUCUGCAGUUUUCAAAGGAAGACUUGCCCUCGUUCAUUAACCAACAGAUAGACAAGCUGCGAAGUGGUCUCAACUUACCAGAUUUGGAAGCCGCAAUCGAGCCUACUCUAGUUGUGAAUCAGCAAGCAGAGGAUAUUUCACUUCUGAUUUCGCUCAACCAGCAGAUAAUUAUCCAUCGGGGAUCGAGGAAGGCGGCUAAAAAGGAGGAGGAGUCGGGAGGUCGGACAAAGUUGCAUUGUGUGAGGUCGAAUGCGGGAACUGUGUUCACGAGGUGUAUCGAAGUGGACUGUGAAGCAAGAUUACUGCACUCCUAUUAUUGUUAUAUUCUUGGUAUUCCUUUCGAUGAAAAAGAGAACUCCUCUUCAUCCUCAAGUGGCAUUGCGUAUGUCUGGAUUGGGUCCAAGUCUAAUGAGUUCUUCCAGAAAGUGGCCAAGAAAGACGCAGAAAAGAUAUAUGGAACCAUGAACUUCACUAUUCAAGAAGUGUCUGAGGGAACUGAGCCACAGGAUCUUUUCUGGGAGUUCCUUGGAGGGAAGCAGGCGUACGAGACUGACAACUCUUACGUCGCCAGCUGCCAACUGUUCAGGUGCUCCAAUCUGCACGGUUUCUUUGGAGUCUCAUUCAAGUUCAACGACUUCAGCCAGGCCGAUCUGACCCCGAGUGACGUCAUGAUUCUGGACACUGGUACAAAUGUCUAUCUAUGGUUGGGAGAAAAUGCUUCCGACACAGUAGUUCGACUGGCAUACAAAUCUGCAGUCAUGUACAUGCAGUACAGAGAAAGGAAGAAACCAGCUAAGCUGCUGGCGACCAAGCGAGGAUUCGAACCGUGGCAGUUCCAGAGGGUGUUCCAUGGAUGGGCGCCGUGGCCUCCUCCUAAAUUUAUCAGAUGAAAAACGAAUAAAUAUCAUUUACAGAAUUUACCGAGAAGGCCUGUGAUGCUAAAAAUUUAAAGUGACCAGAAAUAAUUUCUAGUCUUAAACUAACGUUCAAGAUGUCAAAAUUGAGAUUCUCAAUGGUCAAAAAAAUUAACCUUGUGCUGAGCAUGUAGUUUUUCUCAACUUUUUUUGAGUUAUAUUAAGAAGAAAUGAAUUAAUUGAAUUUAAUUUUUAAAAAUCA